AUGUCAAGAGUAAUAGUAAGAUUCUUUUUAAAUGGACAGCCCGUUUCAACUAAACCACUGACUUCACAAGACAAUUUGAAAACAGCAAGAGAGAAAUUAAGUGAGAAGAUGUCUGUUUCUCAACAAUUUUUAUCAAAAGACGGUGAUUUAAUUGAUACAAAUGAUGAAGAGUGCUUUACUAUCGGAGAUAUAAUUGAUUCAUCAAGAAUAAUAAAUAUCAAAGAAAUAUCAGAUAAAAAAGGAAUAAAAAUAAAAUUAAAUGAUGAAGUAAUUAGUACUGUUCAAAUAGAUAAGAAAACAAAAUUAAGUGAUGUCAGGAAAUCAAUUCAAAAUAUUCCAGAAUCUGCACAUUUCUAUACACUUGACAACGACAUGAUUGAAAUGAUCGAUGAAGAAACGUUUUGUGUAGAAGACAUAUUAAAUAAUGAUGAAAUCACUCUUAAAAAAGAGAAAGAAAAUACACCAGAAAAUGAUACCAUAACUGUUGGAAUAUGUUUGAAUGGAAAACCAUUAAUAAAAAAACAAUUAAACAAGAACAAUUCUCUUUCAGAUAUUAGAAAGGAAAUCGAAAUUAUUGAGUCGAUUCCAAAAGAAUUUGUAUUUGAAGAUCAAGAAGGAUUUAAAAUACUGACUGGUGAAGAAGAGUCAUUAAAAUUAUCAUCUAUUCUGUAUGACAACAAGAUCAGUAUAACAGGAAAAGAAGUAUUAUCAUCUAUUCUGUAUGACAACAAGAUCAGUAUAACAGGAAAAGAAGUGUCUGAUACUUCUUUAAAUAAUACAACAACACCAGUCGACUCUCUAAAUAGUGCCACAAUUUCUGAUAAUUUACCAAAUAAUACUGCAGCACCUGUUGGCUCACCAAAUAAUACUAUAAUACAUACUACAACAGAUAUAUCUGAACCAAAUGUUCCAAUUGAAGGAAGUAUAAGAUUGAAAAAUCAUGAAAAAGGAAAAUUGAAAAUAUAUUUAUAUCCAAAUGAACCAUUUAAUCAAGUAGAAGAGAGUGAUGCAAUUGCUAUUUUAGUUGUUGGUCAAACAGGAAGUGGUAAAACAACAUUAUUAAAUAGUUUUGUAAAUGCAUUAUAUGGAAUCAAGAUAACAGAUGAUUUUAGAUAUAUAAUUAUAAAUGAAGAUAAUUUAAAACAAUGUAGAGAUCAAUCUAAAAGUCAAACAAGUAAAGUUUCAAUUUAUAAUAUUAAAAGAACAAAAAGAACACCUCCAAUAAAAAUAAUAGAUACACCUGGAUUUGGAGAUACAAGAGGAAUUGCAUAUGACAAAGCAAUUAUUAAACAAAUAAAAGAAGCAUUUGAAACAAAAGUAUUUGAUUUAACUGCUAUUUGUUUUGUUGCACCAUCUAGUAAUGCAAGACUAACAGCAAAUCAAAAAUAUAUAUUUGGGAAUAUUAUUGAUUUAUUUGGGAAUGAUGUGAAAAAGAAUUUUAUUGCUAUGCUCACAUUCUGUGAUGGUAAAACACCACAAGUUAUUAAUGCAUUACAAUCGCAAGAUUGUAUUUUCAGUUCAGUUAUUCCUGAAAUAGAUGAACCAUGGUAUUUAAAAUUUAAUAACUCAGCUAUUUAUGAUGAUAAUACUGGAGAUGAAUUUACACAAAUAUUUUGGAAAUUAGGCAUGAAGAACUUUGAUGACUUUAUUGAAAAAUUAAAAAAAUUACCAAAAAAGUCAUUAGAACAAUCCAGAGAAGUUUUGAGGAGAAGAGAACGUAUUAAAGCCCAAAUUGAAGGAUUAAGAAUAUCAUUAAAUAAUGGAAUAUCAAAAAUGGAUGAGAUAAAACAAUAUUAUGAACAGUUCUAUUUGAAUCGAGAUAAGGUUAAUAAUAAUCAAAAUUUUACUUUUACUGUAACAAAAACAAUACAAAAAAAGGUCGAACUAAAACGAGGAGAAUAUGUAACUAAUUGUUUGAAAUGUAAUAGAACAUGUCAUUACCCAUGUUAUAUUAAAGGAGACAUGAAAAAAAACUGUGCUUGCAUUGGUGAUAAGGAAUGUUGUACUGUAUGUAAAUGUUAUUAUACACAACAUGCAAACUCAUCAUACAGAUUUGAUUAUGUAACAGAAACAGAAAAACAAACAGCAAAAGAAGUACUUGAAAGAUAUAAUGAAGGUAAAAAAGGUGUAGCUAGUGCAGAGGCUAUGUUAAAAAAGUUAGAAGAAGAAUAUUAUAAAAUUCAAAUGGACUGUUAUGAUAAAGAAGUAGAAAUUAUAGAAUGUAUUAAUAUAUUGUCAUCCAUUGCAUUAAAUGGUAAAAUUAAUAGUUCUAAUGAAUAUUUAGAUUUAUUAAUUGAAACAGAAAAUGAAGAAAAGAAAACAGGAUAUAAAAUUAGAAUUGAAGGAUACAAACAACUAAAACAAACAAAUCAAAUAAUAGAAGAUAUUAUGAAAAAAUCAGGUUCAAAAAAGAGUAAGCAAGAGAUUAAAAAAGAACUUGAAAGAAAAAAGGAAGAUUUAGUACAAGGAGAAAAAUCAACAUUAGAUAAAAACUGUGAGAGUUGUGUUAUUUGCUGA